UUGUACUGUGUGAUUGGGAGACUGUCACUGGGAGUUGUACUGUGUGAUUGGGAGACUGUCAGUGAGAGAGUAGCCCCGUGUGACUGGAGACUGUCACAGAGAGAAUGAGACUGCUAGAAGCCCGGGGACACAGUGAGUGGGACUAGCAGAGAUGAGGGGAGGGAUAUAGUACAAGAGGGAGAUUCUGGGACAUAUGAGCGAGAAGCACACGCUCUGCCUGUAUUACUCCCUGCACCAGGACACCUACCGAGUUAAGAGUGGUAGUAAAGUGAUACAACACAGUUUCCGCCGCUACUUAUGGAAAACACCGACAGAAUGGUAAAGGCGUCGGCUUCCCUGGAUGAGACGGAGGGUCCCUAUAUGACUAAAACCAGCUCCAUGACAGAAGAGCUACUCAUAGAAGACCAGCUGAGAAGGAAACUCAAGUUCUUCUUUAUGAAUCCCUGUGAGAAAUUCCGCGCUCGGGGCCGUAAGCCUUGGAAGCUUUGCAUUCAGAUACUGAAGAUUGCAGUGGUGACCAUCCAGCUGGUGCUAUUCGGACUCAGCAAUCAGAUGGUGGUCACCUUCAAGGAGGAGAACACAGUGGCGUUCAAACACUUGUUCCUGAAAGAUUACAAGGAUGCGAGAGACGAUACGUACGCCGUUUACCGCCAGAGAGACGUGUACGAUCACAUCGCUUUUACAAUGAAACAAUACUUGGAGCUACGAAACAUCUCUCUUGGGAACCAUGCCUACGAGAGCGGGGACGGAGGGCAUCCCGGCAUGACGGCCUGCCAGUACUUCUAUAGACAGGGCAGCAUCUUCCCCGGAAAUGACACCUUUGAUAUUGACCCAAAGAUUGAGAAAGAUUGCUUCUAUAUGGAGCCAAUGACACCGAUAUCUGGCCUGGCGGAGAGCCUCUGGAACAUGACACUGGACUUUUAUCGGCUUGUCAAAGUGGAGAUCAUGUUUAAGCUGAAAGCUAUUAACCUGCAGACCAUCCGCCAUCAUGAACUCCCGGACUGCUAUGACUUUACAGUGACCAUCACCUUUGAUAAUAAAGCGCACAGUGGACGGAUAAAGAUAAGCUUAGAUAAUUACGUUGCCAUCCAGGAAUGCAGAGACUGGCACGUGUCUGGCUCCAUACAGAAGAACACUCAUUACAUGAUGAUCUUUGAUGCCGUAGUGAUCCUGAUCUGUAUAUCCUCCAUAACGCUCUGCAUACGCUCAGUGGUUAAAGGAAUUCAUCUCCAGAGGGAAUACGUCAGCUUUGUCCAGCAGAAGUUCUCAAAGGAAGUGCCCUGGUCAGACCUGAUGGAGUUUGUCAACGGCUGGUACAUCCUGAUAAUUGUAAGCGAUGUGUUUUCCAUAGUGGGCUCGAUUCUGAAGAUGGAGAUCCAGGCAAAGAGCCUAACCAGUUACGACGUGUGCAGUAUUCUCCUGGGGACAUCUACCAUGCUGGUCUGGCUGGGCGUCAUCCGCUACUUAGGAUUCUUCCAGAAAUACAAUCUGCUCAUCCUGACGCUGAGGGCGGCUCUUCCCAACGUGAUCCGCUUCUGCUGCUGCGCCGCCAUGAUCUACCUGGGCUACUGUUUCUGCGGAUGGAUUGUCCUAGGACCCUAUCACACGAAGUUCCGGUCGCUGAACAUGGUGUCCGAGUGUCUGUUCUCCCUCAUCAACGGCGACGACAUGUUCACAACGUUUUCCAUCAUGCAGCAGAAGAACUACCUGGUGUGGCUGUUCAGCCGCGUCUACCUCUACUCCUUCAUCAGUCUGUUUAUCUACAUGGUGCUCAGUCUGUUCAUCGCGCUGAUAACCGAUACCUACGAUACAAUUAAGACUUACCAGAGAGACGGUUUCCCGGAGACCGAGCUGCGCACCUUUGUGUCGGAGUGUAAGGACUUGCCGACACGUUACAGAGAGGUGGAUGAGCUGUCUCUGCUGUGCUGCUGCAAGCGGUAGAAUGAAGGUGAAGACAGCAACUUACUCCGCUGAUCAGCUGUAGAAGAGAACUGGAUGCAACCAUCGGAAAAAUGUUUUAAAUUAUUAUUUCUAAGAAUGUGUUAGAGAUGACGUUGAUAUUGUGACCCUAGUGUACAUUCCCUGCAGUAGGUCUGAGGACCAGGCAUCUGUUGGCAGUCCAUCACCGCACAAGUCCCGCACUUCACUAUCCAACCGAAAAGAGCUGUGACUGUGUUAUAUAGCAGCCCCCCCCCCCCCCCCCCUCCUGAUUGAGUAUACAGCCUGAGCCGUCUCCUAAAUAAGAGGUAGGCCGUGCGGGUUUAGCCAACUUUUGUGGAACUACAAGUACUAUCUCAACUGGAGAGCUUCAGGCUGCCUAUAUGGUCUAUAGUUUUCAAGUUGAUAUUUAGGGGUAGACUGAUCGUUUUAAAACGGCAAUACAUAGAUUUAUUAAAAUAAGUGUUUACUUUUAUUCCUGUUGCAGUUUUAAAAAUGAUCAAUCAAAGCAGGUUUGACAAACCGCGUUGAUAAAGCUAAAUAUUUAUCUUAUUUAAAACCCUUUAAGAGGCCUAAGAACACUAUACGCUAUUGACGUAUGGAAUACCGUAAGGGUACGCACGUUGCGUAACAAUCGCUUAGCCGUGGUCGAGACGCUCAAGCGUCACGUUCGCUCACGGCCAAGAGAUCACAGGCAGGCACGCUAUUGGCUGCCGACUAACGUAAUGGUUCGCUAUAGCGUAGCGGACGCUCGGGACCACGAGGAGAUCACCAGCGGCGCAGACGCUCACAAUGUUAAACCUUUAUAUCUAAACCAUAAACAAUGUAAUAUGCAGUAAAACCUUAGUGAAGAGAUAGGGUGUAGAUGCAACACAGUGUAACCUUAUUAACUUAAAAGCUGUUUGAGCGUCACCGACGCUCUGUGAAUACUUAACACUAUAAGAAAUACACAACUACCGGGCUUAGGGUCUAACGCCUUAUAUGAAUGUUAUACUUGCAAAAAGAAUAAUACAAUACAAGUCACACACUACAAUAUAACAUAGACUAACUAACCAGAUAACUAUACGCUAAAUACAAUACAAUUACGUUUAAGGGAAAAUGAGAGAAAGAGGAGAAGAGAGAGAGAGAGAGAGAGAGAGAGAGAGAGAGAGAGAGAGAUAUGGCCCAUAAUAACAAGACAGACAAUAUGAUUGCGGAGAAAACUUACGCACAAAGGGGAACAAUCGCAUGCGCCUCUGGACAUCCAGCUCCCGAUUAUCAGCAAUGAGAACCGUUGAAGAGUGAGAGCUGGAUGUGAUCGGCUUGUCUAUUUAUGCCCCACACACAAUACAAUUCAAUGGUCCCUACAAUCUCAUUGUUCAUUGGACACAGGAAUUCCUCCUCGCACUAUAACAAAAGGUCAUAGGUUGAUUCAUACAGGUGGGCUGUGACGAUUUCCAACUGCUCAGGUGGGUGGGAAACUAGGUUUCCCGCCGCAUGGAUAAGUAAGUGCAAAUAAUAGUAAAUGGACAUAAACUUCUUAUGUCCAUAACUAUUCGCACGAGCGAUUAAUCCGCUUCAAACCAACACCGGAAUAUUGCUAAUUAAAUACUCUUCCGAUGGAUACUAAACACCACUGUAUUACUCCUGUCUGACCCUUCGUAUCAAAUAAAGAGGGACUUCUCUGUCCAUGAACAUGCUUACAUUAACCAAACUUUCAGAUUCUAUCAAAGGGACCAUAAUCUACAAAAUACAUUAUAUGGUGAAAAUAUGUAACGAAAGAGUCGCCCGCUAGACGCAUACAAUCUCUACCGUAAAUACGCAUACCGUGCGCCUGCGGGUGCCCGCAACAGCGAGUAUGCGCACGCACGGGAGAGCGCACGCAUGCGCAGCAGGGACUCAUAUGAGGUGCAAAUAUGGCAGUGUGCAUCGUGAUAUUUUUCUGACUUUGACAGCGUCUUAGUAACCUCUAGCCCUAAGUGUCUUAUUGAAGUGUGCUGUAACGUAUACAGUGUAAAUGACUCCGAGGUUCUAGGCCAGUAAUUAAUAUGCACUUCACAACACUGCAUUCUGCAUUGUGGCAUAACCACCCUGGAGCUCAUCUCUUGAGAGUCAUGUGAAAAUGAAUUGGGACAAAGCUCGUUUUUGCUGUGUUUUUUUAAUUUUAUUUACAUACUAAUAAUUAGAGACCGAGCCGCACUGUUGAAAAUUCAAUCAGAAACGACCUGCUGCUAAAAAAUAACACCACUUCUAGGGCCUGAGUCAGACCUGACCGCUGUUUGAAUUCACAAGGCAGACGAUUAUCCUGCGCAUGUGUACGGAUUGUAGUGCGCACAUGUGAGGCCAAACUGCAAAAAAAUCCAGCAAUUUGAUUGACAGGAAGUGGUGUUUGGAAGUGGUAACUGGCCGUUUUCUGGGAGUGUCAGGAAAAAUGCAGGCGUUCCCAAGCUUAUGUCAGCCCACCACUUCCAGGCGGGUUGGAGGUGAAUAUAUAGAACAGCACUCAGUCAGCGUAAAGCACGCCGCGCCAUUCAUAGACGAAGCCUCCUGCCUUUUAUUUGUGAGGUCAGGGGCGUCUUAAGAGAGGAGGGGUCCCAUGUGCAAACUCCGAAUGGGCCCCCUCCUCUGCACGGCGCUGUAGGCUUCAGCAAUAUGCCGGAGUCUACUGCGCAUGCGCAGGUCUCCUGAAACAUGGCAGCAGCCAUUUUUGAGGCGUUUCUUUGCCGCGACAGCACCUGGCGGUGGAUUUCGGAGAGGCGAGUAUGAAAAUAUGGGUGCGAUGUGGGCCCCGUGUGCACCGCACACAUUGCACCCAUGAUAGAAACGCCAACGCGUGAGGGGCUGGUUCCUAGUGAACUCGCAUCCUCGUGAGAAUUUGUUCUUCCCACAAUAUCACUCAUUUGGAAUCUGUCGCCUCUUGUGCUGUAUGACUGACUGGAAGCUGCAGGUGGCGCUGUUGUACGAUGGAGCACAUUGCUGUACGUAAAGCACGGCUACAGAAACCACUUCAUUAGAAUAAAUGGACAAAAAUAACCAACAUUUA